AUGGCGGGCGGCCCCGGAGGCGCCUCCGCCGUGCCGGACGCGCAGUUCGAGUCGGCCCCGGACUGCUUCGUGUGCGACAAGAAGUUCCACGCCUUCCGACGCAAGCAUCGGUGCCGAGCUUGUGGCAACGCGGUGUGCGGUAGCUGCUCGCGGACCCAUAAAAUCAUGCCCAGUUCGACCAUAAUGCGCUACAAUAACGAGCCCGUGCGGGUGUGCGACCGUUGCAUCCGAGAUCAAAACCAGAUGAUGCUCGAGCGCCGACGUGCUGAGGACGUGGAGCGUGCGCGUGCCCGCCAAGUGGCGGCGCUGGAGGAGGAGGAGCGUCAACGCGAGGCGAAGCGCACCCAGCGGGAACGCGAAGUGGCGGAAGCUCAGGCUCGGCGGGAGAUGAGGCUGCGCGCAAUCGAGGAGAAGCACCUGGGCCCUCGCCCGGAUCUACGCACCCUCCGGUCCAGAUGCUCGAGGAGCCUGGACGACUGUGCUCGAGAUGCGCCGACCCAAUCGCUCUACUCGAAGGAGUUGAGCUCAUUCCUCGAAGAUGCAGAGAAAAGAUCCGUUGCUUUGGUGGCGAAGCCCUACGCUGCUGGCGACAUUUUUGAAGACAAGGACGGCUUGGACGGGGGAGAAACGGUGGAGACGACCGUGGUGCAGGAGGCGGAGGAGUGCGCGAUUUGUCUCGAGACGAUGGAUGUCGGGGACGCCAUUUACACUACUGCGUGCGGGCACAGUUUCCACUGGAGCUGUCUGAAGGAAAUCCAGAAAUCCGAUUCCAGCAACUACGACAAGUGCCCGUCGUGCCGCGCUACCAUGACGGAAAUGCAGGUCAAGAAGCAGUGUGAUCACCCGCGCGUUCGGCUUGGGCAUCGAUUUUGCCGCGACUGCGGUGCUGCAGUCACGGAGAGGGACGCAAAACCCCGAGGCGAUGAGUCGAACGCUGCAGCAGGCGGAAUGCGGAUGUCGACUCCGUCAGGAGGCCCCGACUUGAAUCAGCCAGUUUCGUACCGUGCCAGCUCGCACGGAGCGCUCGUGCGUUGCCCGCAAUGUCAUAUCCAAAUGCGUGUGCUACCGCACAUGUAUAACAUGCGCGUGGCGUGUCCGUCAGGGCACAUGUUCCUGGUUCAGGUUGCUGGCCAAGCUGGAGGUGGUGCCGCUGGACGCGGUGGCUACGGCUUUGGAGCGCGUGGCGGUUUGGGCGGCGCACGGAUGCCCUCGCGUGGUAUGAGCAUGGGCUACCCCGGUUCGUACUACCGCUCCACAAACGCCUACUCCGAGCUGUAGUAACUUAAGAUCGAAGAACUUC